GCUGUGAAAACCUCCGCCUUCGCCUUUAAUACAACUCAGCCAUUUUCUGGAAGACUUUUAUGGGAAAUUCGAUACAGUUAGCUAGCUCUUGGAUAUAUCUGGUUGGAAAUAGCGUUAUAAAUUUUCAAAUCUAUUUUAUUGGGUUCUUAGUCCAGUUUUAUUUUACCUCACUUUAGCGACCGUUAGCCGCGGUCCCUUGGCGCGUGGCUCGGAGGAAGGUAAGGUUGACAAAAUGUCGAGACCACGUUCUGGAUCCCCAAAUUACAGGAGGUUCCCAUGGGAGGAACCUGGAUUUGAUCCUUAUAAAGUCGUUGCCGAGUUGGAAGGAGAGCCCACAGACCGCAGACGACCCCACCACCACAGAGGAGCUUCUAAAGAACACUGGAACUACACAAGGGAAAACAUGCAUUCAGAAGGUCAGAGAAGAUCUCCUUUCCAGGAUGAACGUCACCGUCGCCCAAACAAGGAGGAGUUUUAUCACAGGAGGCCAUCACCUCAUCAUGAUGCACAUGGAUAUGAGGAAAGGAGGAUGUCCCCCCUACAUGAUGGAGGAGAAGAUGGAGUGAGACGCAUAGGAGGGUUCAGAGAAGCAUACCCAAACUUUGGAGACAGAGGAAGGUCACCUAACUCGCCUCCAAGAUUUAAGAGGGAAAGAUUGCCGCAGAGAUCUGAUUCGGACCAGAGAGAGCCAGGGAUGGGCUGGAGGAGGGGGGGGCAGGGGCAAGGCAGAGGAGCAGGGAGGUACAGUGACCACAACCCUGGUGCGAGGUUAGAUGACCAACGAGCAGGAGUAGGAAGGGAAAGAGGAAGGAGGAGCACACAGGGUCUGCACAGAGACAGACAAUGGGAGGAUUCACACCAGGAGAGGAGCCCACACUUUAAAAGGCAAAGAAGAGAAAUGGAUGACACCAAUAACCCGGGGUACAGGAAUGAGGAGCACUUUGGGGAACAGCAUUACUCGAUGGACUCACCCAGAGAUAGGUUUCAAGGAGAACGUCAGGGGAGCCACCCCCGCGGAGAUAGUCGGCACUCAGGACCCCUCAUUGUUGAACAUGAUCAUGGCAUCCCAGACAGAAGAGAACCGGCUCGAUGGGAACAAUUUGAUGAUCGCAGAAAUCACAGCCAUGACUUUGAGGAGCACAGGUCAGGAGAUCGGGAAGACACAAGACCACGACAUUUUAAAGAUGAUUGGAGGGAUUCCAACUAUCAUGAAAGAACGAGGACCCCUGAAGAAAGACCAAGCCCUGCAAGUUAUGGAAGUCGGGAUAGUCCCAUGAACCACAGGGGGAGAGGAGGCUUUCGUCCAGCAAGAGGGCGUGGUAGCCGUGGACAGUUUGGAAAGACUGGGCAACCUAGAAAUAAACCACAUGUACAGCAUUCCUUCCAGGGAAAUCAAGAUAACCUUGAUGAAGGACCAAGACAAGGGUACCAACCCUUUAGGGACAGUUAUGAGGAUCCCAUUGAGGAAGAGCCCAACGUGGCAGAAGAAGAUAGACCUCAUAGAUGGGAAGCAGACAGGCCCAGAAGUCUGAAUCGAAUCCCACCGCAUGGGAUCAACUUGGACCCUAAAAUGCCCCGUCAGAGGUUACAGGAAUGGAAAGAUCAGAAACCCAAUAACAUGAAGGUCGUGACGGAGGAAACGCUAACCAUCAAAGUGGACAUGAGCCAACCCGUAAACAAAAACAGCCCGUUGUGUUACUCCUCAGACAGACAGCUCUCUCUAGACCUCGUCAACGUUGGUCGUCAGCGUUUGGACUUCUUGCCCAUGUUGGAGCACUCGGGGACAUACAGAGAAACAGCCAUGCAUACUGGGACUUUUGCUCAGGAAAUCAUCACUCUGGUGCACAGUGUGAAAGAUCAGUACUUCAGAGACACUGGGGUCACUCUGAAUGAGCGUUUCUCAGCUCCUCAAAAAGGCGGAUACGCUGAGGAAGAGACGGAGGAGCUGACGCUGGACGAGAGGUUCAGUUCAAACCGAGGUUUCAGUUUAAACAUGAACUCACUGCUCGAUGAUGAUGAGCCUCUAUUCUCCAGGCUGGGACCCCUGCAGCCAGCGCGAGGCCCAGGGGACUUGAGACACGACCUGGAGAGGAGGAGGCAGGAGAGACUGGAGGGAGUCAAAGUCACCAUACUAGGAAACAGCCCAUCACAGCGUCCACAAGCCUCAAUCAGUGAUCCGGGUCCAGAGUACAGUGAUCGAGACGACAUGGCUCAGAUGGAGGAUGAAGAAUUCUCCAACUGGCCUGAACAGCAGAACAGGAGGCGAGAAGGAAACAUGGGACCAAGGAGAGGCGCCCCCUACAGACAGAACAGUGGCCCCCAACGCAGAAACAAUCGCUUUGGCAAUCGGCUCGGACCAUUGAGGCGACAGAACUUCCGCAACAACUCUGGAGGUCCUAACUGGUGAUCAGAUGGUGGAAUGAAUCCGGUUUGGAUUGCUGUUCAUUUGUAAACAACUUUUUAUUGAAUAAACACCAAUCAAAUGGAGCUAUUUCCUCUUUUUAGGAGCCAAAUUCUGCCCAUGUUGGUUUACAUCAACAGCACAUUUAAGAAGAAGUCUCUGUUUGAUCUUCAAACAAGCAAAGGCGAACUGAUCUUUUGAUUUAAUGUGAAAUAUUGAUAACUGUAGAUGAUUUAUGCCCAUACAUGUUCUGUUUGUUUAUCUUUGUGUAUUUGUUUGUUUCAGUCAUACAUAUCUGUGUUUUCACAGUAACACUUUACCUUUCUGGAAGUGAUUUCCUGAUUAUAAGCAUUUUUAAGAUUUUUAAUCAGGCGGUUCGAUAUAUCAGGAUAAAGUUGCUGUAAAAAAUCUGCAGCUGAAGAUUGGGAAAUAAAAAUCACCAUGGGACAUAAAAUGUUUUGAAUU